AUGACAUUUGGUCCUGAUACAUGUGCAAAGGCAACAUUUUUAAAAGCAUCAGUUCAAAAGGAGCCAUGUCAGCAGACCAGUAUUACCGUGAUUGAAAAACGUCUGAUGAAAGCCACUUUCAGCAAACCAAAAACAAACUCUGUGCUCUAUCCAUAUGGACCAUCAGAAGGAGAUAUUACAAACCCAAAAAGUGAUGAUGGUGGAUCAUCUUUAAUUCCCUUAAGAGUAUCUUUUCCAUUUUUUGGAACAUCUUAUACAUCAUGUUAUGUGAACAACAAUGGACUUAUUUCCUUUAAUGUAUCGGUGUCACAGUUUACUCCUAAUGCAUUUCCUCUGGCAGAUGGGCGAGCCUUUAUUGCCCCAUUCUGGGCAGAUGUUAACAAUCGAUUGUAUGGUGAUGUGUACUACAGAGAAAGCUCAGAUCCUGCACUUCUUCAAAGGGCUACAACAGAUGUAAACAGAUACUUCCCAGAUCUGCACUUUACUGCUAACGGGGUGUUUGUGGCAACAUGGGACAGAGUAGCCUAUUAUGGCUCAUCAUCAAAAAAGGAAAAUACAUUCCAAGCAGUUCUGAUCUCAAAUGGAGCACAAUCAUUUAUUUUCCUAAAUUAUGGUAUCAUACAGUGGACAACUGGUACAGCAAGUGGAGGUGACUCUUCAACAGGACUAGGAGGAACACCUGCACAGGCUGGUUUUAACAGUGGAGAUUCAACACAUUACUUCAGCAUCCCAGGGUCCAGAACCCCAAGCAUCCUGAACAUUCAAUCAACAAGUAAUGUCAACAAUCCAGGCCGAUGGGUAUUCAGAACAGAUUUGUUUAGUGCUGCUGGAGGCUGUGUUUAUAAUGCACACUUUUUGAGAACCGGUGAUGUAUUCUGGAAAGACAGUACCUGUAGAUCGAAGUGUAGAUGCUCAGAAAACAAUACUGUCAUCUGCCAGGAUGAAGGUUGUUCUACUUAUGAGCAAUGCCAGCUAUCUUCCUGGUACUAUGUUUGUGAAUCAAUUGGCUCAAAAACAUGCUUAGUAUCCGGAGAUCCUCAUUACUACACUUUUGAUGGGCAGCUGUUUCAUUUUGAGGGCACCUGCACAUAUGUGUUAUCAAUGCUGUGCCCAGACAGGCAAGACCUCACCAGCUACAGGGUUGAAGUUAAAAAUGAGAACCGAGGAAAUUUAAUGGUGUCCUGGACAAGACUUGUGAGGGUGAUAGCUUAUGGAAAUGAAAUUACCAUGACUCGAGAUAGUACAGACCAGGUCUUGGUAAACAACAUACGAUCUUCUCUUCCUGUAUCUAUAAUGAGUGGGAAAAUCCGGGUUUAUAAGAGUGGCUUUUCAAUCACCGUCCUUACAGAUUUUGGAGUGGUUGCCAGCUAUGAUGGAUACCAUUAUGUCACUGUUUCUGUACCUCUGAGUUAUUUCAACUCUACAUGUGGACUGUGUGGCACACUAACUAAUGACAGGUCUGAUGACUUCCUAACAUCAUAUGGCACAUUGACCCACUCAGACCAGGAGUUUGCCAAAAGCUGGAGAGUGCCUGAUAAUGAUACAUUAUGCAGAGAUGAGUGUAAUGGAUUAUGUUUAGACUGUACUCCUGACAGUCAAGCUCUGUACUCUGGAAAUAACUACUGCGGUAUAAUUACAGACCCUCAGGGUCCAUUUAGCACAUGCAUUAGUCUUCUUCCCUCUCAGGAUGUUCUACAGAGCUGUGUAUAUGACCUGUGUGCCACUGGUGGUUAUAUGAAAAGUCUGUGCCAGGCCUUGAAUUCAUAUGCUGAUCACUGCCAAGCAUUAGGAGCACCUCCACAACAGUGGCGAAGGCCAGGAUUCUGUGAGAUCACAUGCCCAGAAAACAGCCAUUAUGAGUCGUGUGCUACUGCCUGCCCUGCAAGUUGUGCAGAUUCAACGGCCCCUCUGUACUGCGAUCAGCCCUGCAGGGAGAGCUGUGUUUGUAAUAAUGGCUAUAUUCUAAGUGGAGGAAGAUGCAUUCCUUUGAAUCAGUGUGGCUGUCUUUAUCAAGACCACUACUUUAGUAUCGGAGAAGAACUCAUUCUAAAUGAAGACUGCUCUGCUAAAUGUAGAUGCACAAAUGCCGAUAUUGGAAUGCAAUGUCAAAGCUAUCAAUGCUCUAUGUAUGAAGAUUGCAAGAUAAUGAAUGGUGUCCGUGGCUGCUACCCACUGCAGUAUGGAACAUGCUGGGUAUCAGGUGAUCCCCAUUAUAGUACUUUUGAUCAGCUUUACUUUGAUUUCCAAGGAACAUAUACAUACACCCUGAGCAAAUACUGUGGAAUAUCAGACAGCCUUACGAACUUCUCCAUCAGUGUAACAAAUGACAAUAGAGGAAGUACAAGUGUGUCAUGGACUCGGCAAGUGCAACUCAGCAUCUAUAAUCAUGAAAUAAAGAUGUCUGUUGGAGAGUAUGGCAGAGUGAAGGUUGAUGAAUCUGUUGUGAAUCUUCCAGUUUUGCUUGAAUCAGGUGCUAUCCACAUUUACUACACUGGAUUAGCGGCUACUAUUGAGACGGAUUUUGGUCUUUCUUUGUUAUAUGACUGGAAUCACUUAGUUAUAGUAGAACUGCCUGGGACAUACUCAGGGCAGCUUUGUGGCCUUUGUGGAAACUAUAAUGGGGACAUCAGUGAUGAAUUCAUCAUGCCAGACGGUUCAAUGGCUCAGAACGCAAUCAGCUUUGGAAACAGUUGGAUAAAUCCAAACUCGCCUAUUUCACGUCUCGCUACUAAUGAUGAGCCUGUGUGUUCUGCAUAUAGCAAAAGCCAAUAUAGCUCACUAACUCAAUGUGGGAUGAUCACAAAUGCUGAUGGCCCCUUUAGAGCUUGCCAUAGCCAAAUUGAUGGAAAGGCCUACUUUGACAACUGCAUUUAUGAUCUAUGUGCUACAAAUGGAGAUCGCACAACUCUAUGUGAAGCAAUAAGGUCUUAUGCUAUACAAUGCCAGAGGAAAGGUGUAGAUAUAGAACACUGGAGGAACAUCACAAGAUGUGAACUUGCUUGUCCAGCAAACAGUCACUAUGAAAUCUGUGGAUCUUCUUGUCCAUCAUCUUGUGCAAAUAUUGCAUUUUCGUCCAGUUGCCAAACACCAUGUACAGAAGUCUGCCAGUGUGACAAUGGGUUUGUUCUGAGUGGCAAUGAAUGUGUGCCACUUGUGCAGUGUGGCUGCACAUACAACGGUGUGUAUUACAGAGCAGGGGAGACCUUCUGGAAUGGACCAAAUUGUGAACAGAAGUGCUACUGUAAUGUAACUACACACACGGUGCAGUGCUCCUCAUCUUCCUGUGCACCUGGAGAAGUCUGUGAUGUUACAGAUGGAGUCCGUAGCUGUCGCAAGCUCCCAGAUGGUGUGUGCUGGGCUGCUGGAGAUCCCCAUUAUAUGACAUUUGAUGGGCAGAGAUAUGAUUUCCAAGGUAACUGUACAUAUGUCUUGGCUGAGCUUUGUAAUUCAACUGAAGCCACAGACUAUUUUCGAGUGGAGGCAGCAAAUGAAAACUGGGCUGGUCUUCAAGUUUCAGUUGUGGCUGAAGUCUUCAUAUUUGUACACAACACAUGGAUACAAUUUCAGAGAGGCUGGCCUGGAACAGUGAAGGUGAAUGGAAUAAUUGUAAACCUUCCUGUAAACCUCUUUAAUGGACAGAUAACCAUUUAUCAGAAUGGAAUACAUACAGUCCUGCAGAGCAGUAUUGGACUAACUGUUGCAUAUGAUAUGAGUUCUGCUUUGUCUGUCAAUGUCAGCGCUGUGUACAGAGGUAAAACUUGUGGACUGUGUGGUAACUUCAAUGGAGAUAUAGCAGAUGAUUUCAUCUUACCCUCUGGCUCCCAAGUCAGUGAUGUGUUCCUGUUUGCUUCAGAAUGGAAAACGCAGGACAGAAGCAGAGCUGGCUGCAGUAAUGGCUGUCAAAAUUCAUGCCCUGUAUGUUCACCUGAGCUCCUCCCCCAGGCUACAGCUAGCUGUGGAAUUAUAACUGAUGUCUAUGGACCAUUUGCGUUAUGUCAUUCACAAGUCAGUCCUGAUCCUUACGCUCAGAACUGCAUCUACGAUGUUUGCCUUUCUGAAAUGAGUAGUGCUGUUGUAUGUCAGUCAAUUCAGGCUUAUGUGGGUGCCUGUCAAGCAGCAAAUGCAACAGUUAACAACUGGAGGAAUGAAACAUUCUGUGGUAAGUAA